AGAGGCUCACGGGAAUGGACGCGGGGUGUUUGAAGGACAAGAUGGAGCCGAGAAGGAGAACGUUUGGUGAAGUGUCAUAUAUUAGAAAAUAGCACCAGCACCAUUAGAUACUGAAAGAGCUAUGGAUGAAUUUGAUGCAAGCAACCCUGCAGAGGCACUUAUAAGUUUGAAGGAAUCUGGCAAGAAAACUCCAGUCAAAAACAAGUUGGAUGCAAAAGUUUCCGCAGAGAUUUCUGAUGCUUUUGAUGACGAUGAUUUUUAUGAAGAUGAAGAUAAUGAUGGUGCUUAUGAUGAUGAUGAUUGGCCUUCAUCCCCGUCACCCCAGUCUUUAUUGCCAAAGAGAGCUAAGGGGUCUCCGUCAAAAAGUUUUUUGUGGGGCUCAAUAUUCACAUUUGCAGAAAAAAGAAACAUGAAGGCACUGAGUCACCAUCUCAACAAUCUCUUGAAACAGUCAAAGGCGCGUCGCUGGGUUUGUUACGAAUGGUUUUAUUCGGAAAUUGAUAGAGCACUAUUUCUUGGAGAAAACGACUUUACCCAGUGUUUAAAAGACUAUUUUCCAAAUUUGAAGACACGCUGUCUGACUAGAACCCAGUGGUCGAUGAUUCGUAGAAUGAUGGGGAAACCAAGGAGAUGCUCUCCAGCAUUCCUUGCUGAGGAGAGGAAAGCGCUUGAUGCCAAAAGGAGGAAGAUUCGUUAUCUGAUGCAGCGUAAGAUAGCUGAUCCUUCGGAUUUCAAUACUUUCAAAGAUUUACCCGACGAAAUCGCCCUUCCAAUUGUGAUUGGAACCAAAGUUACAGCUCGCCUGCGAUACCCCCAGGAUGGUUUAUUCUCUGGUCAAGUUGAUGCUGUUGAUACACGCGAUAACACUUACCGAAUCACGUUUGACCAGCAAGAUUUGGGAACUUGCACUGUGCAGGAUAUCGACGUUGAAAGCAAUGAAGGCCACGAAACAAUUCCUAUUUCAUCUCUAAUUGCCAAAGAUAGACCAAGGUUUCAGAUGACAAUUCUUUCGCCUUCAAAACAGACGACAACUGACACAGAUCUUUACCGGGGAGACGAUGCGACGAUAUCUUCCUCACCUGCCAGAACGAGAUUGGAAGAUGCUCUGAAAAAUGUAGACACGGGUGGCAGCUACGGUGGUUUUCCAAUCAAAUUUUUGGUUCUGGCCACUCGACUAUCAAAAAUGUUAACAGUGAAGAAAAAAUGUGUAUCGAGUCUUAAAGAAAUGAAUGGAAGAGCAGAGAGAAUGGAGUCUUACGGUGAAACGUUUUCAAGAGACUUCCAGAGAAAGUAUGCUGGGAUAGUUCUUGAACUUGAAAGAGUUAAUAAGGACCUCAAUACGUGUCUCCAAGGCAUACAGGAAUACUGCCAAGAGCCAACUCAAGGAAAUUGGGCAGCUUCAUUGGACCACACAAACAGCAUGCAAACUCAGUGUGAUCGAGAAGCCAAAGUUAUGGUUGGAAAAAGUGAGAGAAAUGUCCAAAGCAAACAUAUGAAACAGCUGAUCAGUGAUCUCACGUCUCUCCUUCUGCAGAUCAAGUUCUUUUCUGAAAACAAUUUGAAGCCAUUCGAGCUUACUUCCAUUAACAAGGCUGCAGAGAAAAUUAAAUCUCGGAUCGAUCCUAGAAACGCAAGAUCGUUUUCUGACAAAGUUGAGGUGCAUCUCGCUCAUAUUCAAAGUGGUCUGGCCCAGGCUGGCAACGUCUACGCUUUUCGGAACAAUUUUGAUAAAUUGGCGGCCAAUGUUUGAAAUUCAUCAAUUCUCCUUUUUGGAUAUUGUUCAAUUUGGCUUUGCAAGCAACGGCACCGUAUGUAAACAACGACGUUGAAAUAGCCAGCAAUUCUUGAGGUAAAUCCACCCGUCUACCUAAAUUCACAAUUACGUUGGCAAAGUUAAAUCUGGUAGUAAAUACGGGUUUCGGAACUUUUUUCGAUAAACUUGCUAUCGUUGCGCAUGUAGAAUUAUUUAUACUGAUUUUGAAAUUUUUUUGCACGUAGUCACCAGAAAAAGAUCAUUAUGUGAAGUUGUCUUAAAUACACACUGCCUGUAUAAAGCUCCGACUUCUCUUGCGUUCUUGGCUGCUCUGCUCGUUUAAUGCAGCUUAUGCGUCGUUGUUAUUAACGUCGGCAUGAAUUUUAUUCUGCAUAUUCACGCAAACAGGUGUUAAUUAUACUAACCGAUGCGGUUUCUCUUUGGCCAAAUUAAUGCUUUUUCUCAGUGCUAACAAAUAUAGUACCAAUUUUCAAAGAAAUUAAUUGUAUAUACAUAUGUCUGUAGCUCCACGCCCAUUCACUACAGGUUUUGAUAGGUGGCUAGACUGCUGUUUUUCAUAUUCGCAUCUAAGACUUUUGUUCCUUCAUCAACGUUUGAUAACAUAAAUACACUUGAAAGUAAACCAAAGUUAAAGUAAAUUCAAUCACAGAACGAGAAAAAACGCCCAACAUGGGCUGGGUCGCGAGCCAGAAAGAAUGGACAUUUAUUAAACAAACGCGUGUAAUAUCGUUUCAACCGGAAUUUUGCAAUUCUUUAAGUAAAAAGCUUUGUACAGCUAAGGGUCUGACUACUAAAUGCGGCGGGAUUUUCGUGAUAAUAUAUUGUCAUUCUUAUUAGCUCCGUGAUAUAAUGUAACAUUGAAUGAUAUUGAAUGAUAUUGAACGAUAUUAUUGAGUUUGAUUCUUCAAUUUCCCCCUUAGAGAAGUGAACUGAUUUCUUAAAUGUGCCUUGUUAACGUCGUAUUUGAGGAAGGGCCAAUGGCAGUGUGCUAACCGUUAUUCGGUAAGGUCCCUGUGUAUGUUUUGUUCGCUCGCAAUGUAAGUUACAAUGUGUGCGUAUCAGGGAUAUUUUCGACAGGGUUGUUAUGACCAAAACUACUAGUUGCCGUGUGUAUCAUAGUUGCCGUGUGAAAUUACACGUUUUUUAUAAACUACACCCGAAAUAAACAACAAUGCCGAGUUUUCGCGAAUGUUAUUUGUUAACUUUGUUAUUGAGAGGAAAGUUAACGGAUGCAAUGUGAAUAACAAUACA